ACUAGAGAAUUUGAAUCCACAGUGAAGGCCCGCGGCGCCGGCGAGAGAGAGAGAGAGAGAGAGAGAGAGAGGCGCAGAAGAAUAAUGGGGUGGUUCGGCGAAAGCUUGGAAUCAAUCCGCUCUAUUCGGUUCCGGCUUGUCAUCUCGCAAGCCGUCAGCCUCGGUAUGAUUGUUGCAUCGGCGCUGAUAAUAUGGAAGGGGCUUAUUUUUGUUACUGGGAGUGAGUCUCCUGUUGUUGUGGUUCUUUCUGGCAGCAUGGAACCUGGGUUUAAGAGGGGGGACAUUCUUUUCUUAUACAUGAGAAAAGAUACUAUUCGUACAGGAGACAUAGUUGUAUUUAAUGUUGAUGGGCGUGAAAUUCCAAUAGUUCAUCGGGUCAUCAAGAUACAUCAGCGACAAGAUACUGGAGAAGUGGAUGUUCUCACAAAAGGUGAUAACAAUUCUGGGGAUGACAGAGCUCUAUAUGCUCACGGGCAGCUCUGGCUUCAGCAGCAUCAUAUAAUGGGGCGGGCAGUAGGGUUUUUACCAUAUGUUGGUUGGGUUACCAUCACCUUGACUGAAAAGCCAAUUAUUAAGUACUUGCUGAUUGGUGCGUUGGGCUUACUAGUUAUAACAUCAAAGGAAUAGAUGUGUGCAGUCGCUGGUUUAAAAUCUCAACCAGGCUAACGGUGCAUUAUAUUUUACCAUUAAUUAUGUACUUUUUAUGUUGGAAAUGAGAAAUUAAUUCAGCAUUGUUUCUGAAACUAUUGAUAAAAUGCAUUUUUUUAAAACCUCACAUUACUGCUUUGAUUGGCAGAGUUGUAAAUGAGAUUUUGAUGAGAUUUAUGUUUGGAUUAUUUAAUUAA